AGGGGCUCGCAGGGGAGGCGGGGCUGCGCUCCGGGGUCCCUCUCGUCCUGCCCGUGGAGGGAGGCUGGGACCCGCCUCAGCAAGGAGCCGGAGGGGGGACCUGGCUGUGGCUGGAAGAUGUCCCUGGCAGGAGGGCGCAGAGUCUCCCUUUGCAAAGGUGUCGCCCGGGAGAGCUGUGGGAGAAAAUUUGGGUCACUCCUCCUUGCCAUGAGCCGAAAGAAUGAUGCUGAGGGUCAUCCCCAAUCAGUUUCUCGAGCAGCAUCCUCUCUUUGUGGAGAACACAGAGCACGAGUAUCCCACACCGAAGUCACUCCCAGAUCCAUCCAUGACUGAGGGACCCUCUGUUCCAGUUGAGCCAGAACUGCUGUCCUCCAACCUAACCAACUCUACAGACUGUGGAGAGGAGAUCCUCCUCUAUGGGGACACUGAGAAAAUCGUGAUUGGGACAGUGCUCUCCAUCAUCACCUUAAUGACCAUCGCGGGCAACGCCUUGGUCAUCAUCUCUGUGUGCAUUGUCAAGAAGCUCCGGCAGCCCUCGAACUACCUGGUGAUCUCCUUGGCAGCGGCCGACCUCUCUGUCGCCUUUGCGGUCAUGCCCUUCGUGAUCAUUACGGAUCUGGUGGGAGGGGAGUGGCUGUUUGGGAAGGUGUUUUGCAAUGUGUUCAUCGCCAUGGAUGUUAUGUGUUGCACCGCUUCCAUCAUGACCUUGUGUGUCAUCAGCGUGGACAGGUAUUUGGGGAUCACACGGCCGCUGACAUACCCUGUGAGACAAAACGGGAAAUUAAUGGCCAAGAUGGUGUUCAUAGUUUGGCUUCUUUCUGCCUCCAUAACUCUUCCUCCGCUGUUUGGCUGGGCCAAGAACGUCAACGUUGAAAGGGUCUGCCUCAUCAGCCAGGACUUUGGAUACACCGUCUACUCCACUGGGGUAGCCUUCUAUAUCCCCAUGACAGUCAUGCUUGUCAUGUACAGCCGGAUCUACAAAGCUGCCAAGGUCAGUGCAGAGAAACACCGGUUCAUGAACUUCCCCAGACACCAGGAGAAGGAGGGGGUGUACUGCAUGGACGUCAGCGUCCGAGGCCAUCACAGCUCCAAGCGCAGCAAAGCGGUGGAGGAGUGCGCCACCUUGUCCAAACUGCUCCGGCAAGAUCGAAAGAACAUUUCCAUCUUCAAAAGGGAGCAGAAAGCAGCGAGAACCCUCGGCAUUAUCGUGGGGGCCUUUACCUUUUGCUGGUUUCCCUUCUUCCUGAUGUCCACGGCCCGGCCUUUCAUUUGUGGUAUCCAGUGCAGCUGCAUGCCCCUGCGGCUGGAGAGGACCCUGCUGUGGCUGGGUUACACCAACUCCCUGAUCAACCCCUUGAUCUAUGCUUUCUUCAACCGCGAUCUAAGGACUACUUUUUGGAACCUUCUGCGGUGCAGGUACAGGAACAUCAACAGGAGGCUGUCUGCAGCCAGCAUGCAUGAGGCCUUGAAAGUCACGGAGAGACAUGAGGGCAUCUUGUAAAUCUCCAGGAAGGCCACGUUCCUUAGCCUACUGCAAGCGCUGAGUGCCUAUUAAAGAACUCCUGCUCGUCCAUCUGGCCUCUUGCAGGGUUCCCUUUUCGAUUUUCUGUCCGGCUUGGCAAAUAUGUGCAUUGUUCCUCUGCCAGAGUUAACCAUCGCCAAAAUUGCACAAGUGCUUGUCACCCAAGAGGUGUUCAAGUUUGAGUAGCUGAGGGCCACACCUACAGCAGAAGAAAUCAUAGCCCUUCCUUUUUCCUCUUUGAUAGGAGGAUGCAGCCCAUGGAGACAGCAGUUCACGCCAAUGUGUGGUGCACGAGAAGGCAAGUCAGGAUCUCCUGGGUUCUCUUCCAAGCUCUGCCACUGACUGACAGUGUGACCUUGGGCCAGUCAUUUAUAGCUCCGUGCCUCCGUUUCCCAAUCUGUAAAAACAGGAAUACCACUCACCUUUGCAAAAGGCUUUGAGAUCUGUGGAGGGGGAAAGCACUAUGUGCUAUUCUUGGAUAAUCUCAUCGGCUGCAUUUCCGUAGCAAACAGGAGAGCAGCAUUAUAGAUGUCAACGGAACACAUUGUAAGCCCUACACUUUGCAUCCCUGCUUAUAAACUGUUGUAACUGAUUUGGUUCCAUUGUACACUCUCAAGCCAGUUCUGAGUUUGCAUGGCAGGGAACGAUGCCAAUGACCCUCUUUCCGCAAGCCCUUGUGUUACAGUACCUGAAAGUGGCAUGCUUAAAAAUAACAGUGCAAAACCUUGUUUAACAGCCUAUUUAUAUCAGAGAAGUGAGGAGCAAGUAAAGACUGCUGUAUUUACUGGGAUAUAUUAUAUAGUUCAUUCACAGCCUAGUGAUGUGCUUUCCUAAUUUUGUGGCUAACUGAUUAAUCAAAGCAGUACAUAAAAGCAUGCUUUGGUUGACAAGAGACAAAAAUGUAUUAUUUCACUGACUGCUUUACAGUGAUGCACCAUAAUGUACAGAAAACGUGAAAAAUACCAUACUGAACAAGGUGUCAUUCUUUUACAAAGUUUCUUUAU